CGUGGGUGAUGUGUGCAGACGACCAUGACAGAAUCGUGAGCCAUCAAAUUUCGUUUAACUUUCCUUUAUUCACAAAGCUGUGUUAUUUAUUUUGUUGGGAUAUAAAUGCAUAAAUCUUAAAAGGAUGUGCAGAAAUAUGCAAGAAGCAAUCCUCAGUUUUAUUAUAUUAAAAGGUUUAAUUGCAAUCACCUUGGGUGGAGCUCCUGCACCGCCAGAAUGGACUAUCCCGACGGAAUUAACAUUUUACUUGGAUUACACAUCUAAUACUGGCUGUGAGGAGGUUACUGAAUUAAAAGCUAAGCCGCUUGUAGGAACGGAAGUCACUUUUAAAGUGGUAGCAGAAGGUCCAGAAGGAGGCUUUGCGACUGAACGGAUUGAUGGAGUCACGGGUAAACUAAUAUGUGACCAAGCUAAAGUAACGAACGGUGGCAAAGCGACAUAUUUUGUCAAUGUUAGGGCAUCGGAUGCGACAAGUCAAGAGUUUAAAGAUAUUUCUUUGGUUAUUAUAGCUACAGAAGGUUUGGAGUACAAAGGACCUACUUUUAUUAAUCCUUCACCUGAUGAAACAAGUGAAAAACAUAAAAUACAACUAGUAGAGACAAGUAAAGGAGGCGACGUAGUCACGUGGUUAUCUGCAAGUGAUCCAGAUACAGCCAUUGCUUUGUUUACAUAUUCUAUGGACAGUUCUGAUGCCACUACGAAGGAGUUGUUUGAGCUCGUAGGCAAUGCUCUCAAAGUGAAAGUUGGUGUGACAGAAGGAACAUUUGAUUACGACAGGGACAAUGCUGUAAUUAAAUACCCAAUUGUUUUAGAGGUAUCUGAUGGACAAUUUUCUUCAGCAGUUAACACUAAUAUCUUUAUAACCGACUAUAACGACAACAUACCAGAAUUUGUAACCAUCGGCAAUUUCGAUAUUCUUGAGUCAACUCCAUCAGGAAGUUCUGUUUAUAAAGUUAUAGCAUCGGAUGCUGAUGGCACUGCUCCAAACAAUCAGAUAACGUUUAACAUACAAGGUUCUACUGAUUUCUCGAUAGACGAAACAACAGGUGUGAUAUCAGUAGCUUCAGGAGUAACGUUAGAUUAUGAUACUACGAAGAAAUAUUCGUUGUCUGUUAAGGCGACAGACAAUGGGCCAGGUAACACGGCAUUAAGUGUACAAAGCCAAAUUGAAGUCAAUAUUAUCACAGCGCCAGUGUUUGUGAAUCUAGUAGAAGAUGCAAGCGUCUCAGUGUAUGAAAAUGCUACCUCUGAAACAACUAUAUUUGAACUAACUGUGACUGAUAAAGACAAUACCGGCGCUCUUACUGUGGUCAUUGCUUCUCAGACUUCAGAAGAAAAGUUCAGAUUAGAUGGAUAUAUUCUUAAACCAAGAUUAGAUGCAACAUUCGACGGGACCACUCAGCAAGCAUAUGAUAUAACAUUUAAGGCAAGUGACGGGACGAAUGAUGUACUCAGUGCAGUUCUUACAGUGACCGUGACCUCGAUAAUUCGAGUCAAUCCAGCUGUGCAGAGAUACAUAUCUGAAGACACGCCGGCAGGUACUCAAAUUGCUAGAAUAACCGCUGAUGACUUUAGUGACCCAAGUAAGGUCUCAUUUACUAUGAUAGGGGAAUCAUCCAGUGAUUUUGAAUUAAAUGAAAGCAAUGGAAGAGUGUUAGUUGCUGCAGGUGUGCAAUUAGAUUAUACCAAGAGGACGCUAUAUACCUUAAUUGUUACUACAACCGAUGGGUUUUCUAGUGCCGAAACACCUCUACUGAUCUUUCUCAAAACAUCCCCUAGAUUUGUUGAUCCCUCAAUCAGUAAGUCUGGAAGUACAUCGAUGUCGAUACCAGAGAACACAGAAGCUAGAAAUGUCAUAAAAAUUCUUACAGCAACUGAUGAAGACGGUGAUGAGUUGGACUUCGAUAUCUUAAGACAAACUCCCAGCACUGAUAAACCUGUAUUUGAGAUUAUAAGAAUAGAUGACUUGAUUGCUGGAAGGUCAAACACCAUUGACACAUUUGACGUAGAUGCUGAAGAUGCAAUUCUGUCUUAUGAACUAGAAUUAGGGGUGAAAGACGGAAGACCAAUUUCUGUACAAGACACGGUGAUUGUUACCAUUACCAUUACUGACAUAAACGAGCCUCCUACAUUCCCAUCAGACAUCAUUCGCGAAUACAAUAUACCAGAAACCAUAGAAACAGGUGUCACCAUUUUUACGGUCUCUGCGACAGACAUAGACCGCACUCUUGAGUACAGGAAAAUCAAGUUAUUCUAUUAG